AUGGAUUCAAUAAAUACUGAUGAAGCUAAGUCACCAUUCAUAUCAACACCGCGUGAGAGUGUGAAGUCUCAAAAUGGUUCAAUUAUGAAAUCCCAAAACCAAUCAAAAAUUGAAGUACCUAUAUCAGCAGUUGUUACUAAACGUGGAUCCCCUUCGCAAUAUUCUCCGAUAAGUGCGAAAAGCAAUCCUGUCGACAAGUUAAAUUCACCAUCAUCAAAUAAAAGCACUCCUCAGACGUCAAACAAAAGCGAAGGUCGGCAAAGUAUACUGCAGAGGUCUCCAAGCCCACAAAGUCCUAAAAGUGUAAGCCUUAAUAUAUCAGGUCUUCAAGAUAAUGCUAAUAUCGUAGCUGACUUAAAAACAAAUCUUCAGCAUGAAUAUCCUAAUGAAACAUUACCUUAUCAUUCUGAUCAAGAAGGCUUAGAAAUCCCUGUUAUCAGCAAUAUUGACAAAAUAGCGAACAUGACGAGGAACUUAACAAGUGAAGCAAACGCCUUAAGGGAGUCUAUAAAGAGUUUGAGCGAUGAUAUAAACAAAACGCAACAAGAACUCUCUACCGACGAUAAAGAAGACGUUAAUUUUCCCUAUCACUUGUUUCUAAUUGAACUGAUUAUAAACAAAAUUCACAUGAAGUGUGACUGCUUUGAAUUGGAUUACAACAAUCUGGUGAUAGCUGCUUCCUUCCUUGGGAAGCAACGUAUUGUUCUAUACGAUACGUCCUAUGGAAAAGUACUUGAUUUCGGCCACUUGAAUGUCGGAAAAUCCAUAUUAUUCGCUAUGACAUAUGACAAAAUAUGUAACAUUAAAGAAUUUAUCAUAAAACUGCAACUGUCAAAGCAACCACCUUGCUCUAGUUGUGUUACUAAAAUUGCUGAAACAAAUAUGGACUACACAAAAGAUUUUAUCGAGCUAAGAGAAGAAUUAUGUGCCAAGUGGACAAAAGAACAACCUAACGAUAACAUAAUAUGCACAACUACAACGCCUCUUUCGAAACAAAUGUUUCAUUUAUUUUGUGGGGAUACCGAAUAUAGCGAAUCAAUUGGAAUGAUAGAAAUAACAACUAGAAUGUCUUUUCUCGGCAAAGAGAUUACAACAGCGUUCAGUGCUUCAUCGAAGUCUCAAGGCACAUCGUAUUUAAGAAAGGAAGAUCACGGAAUGUCUAUGUAUGCGUGUCAAAAUGUGGAAAUCGAUUGCCAGGGGAAAGUAUUAUUAGAUGAAGAUGUUUUGACGAGACGAGAGGUACAACGUAGUUUACACACGAUGUCUUCCCAUAGGGAAGCUAGUCCCAUGUCACAUUUAUCCAGCGUUUCACCAGCGUCCACUCGAGGCUAUGGUGUCCAAAGCGCAUAUCAAUAUGAAGAUGGUCCUAAAAAGUACGAUGAAAUAUUUACAAAAGUUAACUCCAACGAGUUAAAGAUUAGAGUCCCGAAGAGCACUAAAGUCGAAAGAAUGGGCAAAUAUGACAGGACUCAAGAGUUAUGUACCUGCGAAGAAACUCCGUACAAUACUGGAGAUCAAAUACAAUUUCAAUUACCUAAAGAUAAAACGUCCAAUACAUACACAUCUAACCUCCUGUAUACUCAUAAAACUUAUUUCGAUAAACGUCAAGAUAAUAAGGAGAAGAAAAUCAUAAAUAUUACACCCACGAAUUGCCCAGUGCCAGUUGAUAUGGUGAAGCAAAUGCAUCCACAGAAAGAUGUUUUCAUACUAAAAAUUGGAAAAAAAUUAGAGACGAAAGACAAAAAGACCGAUUUGGAAAUAGAACUUGUUACUCCAAAAGUUCCCAUUCAGAGAUCGGUUAUUAAUAACAACAAUUCCUCUCAGCAGUGUAGUUCGAGUGAGGUUAAGAGUAAACCUUCAAAAUCAAACGUCAAAAAGAAUAAAAAGAAGAAAGGCAAAACGGGUUUGGGAGAAUUUCGAAUUCGCGAUCUAAAUGACGAGAUAAACAAGUUAAUGAGAGAGAAGCGGCAUUGGGAAGUGCAGAUUAAGUCGCUUGGUGGGCCCGACCAUGCUCGCGUCGGGCCGCGAAUGCUGGAUCAGGACGGUAAAGAGGUUCCCGGUAACAGAGGUUACAAGUAUUUUGGCGCAGCAAAGGAUCUACCAGGAGUUCGUGAGUUAUUUGAGCAGGAACCGCCGCCCCCACCCCGACGUACGCGCGCUGACCUCAUGAGAGAUGUCGACGCCGACUAUUAUGGAUACAGGGAUGACGAUGACGGCAUACUUAUACCACUGGAACAAGAAGCUGAGAAAGAUGCCAUAGCCAGCGCAGUUGAGGAAUGGAAAAGCAAUAAAGAACAGAACGCAGAAGAUAACUCACCGGAGGAAGAGAAUAUUUAUCCGGAAGACCCUGAUGACAAGAGAAUAGAAGAUGAUUCCGAAGGUGAAAAGCCGGUAUCGCACGUAGCUGUUCCCUCGCAGAAGGACGUAGAGGAGGCACUACUCCGUCGGAAGAAACAGGAACUCCUCGAAAAGUACGGCUGUAUGGAAGUCAAAAUUGAAGGAAGCUGA